AUGGCUGUCAAAGCCGUCGUAUUCGACCUCCUGACGGCUCUACUGGACAGCUGGACCCUUUGGAAUGCAGCAGCAAACAACGACCCGGAGCACGGCCGAAGAUGGCGAGCCCGCUAUCUGGAGUUGACUUUUGGCUGUGGCGCUUACAAGCCGUAUGAGGAGCUGGUUCGAAUUUCCGCCGCGGACGUAGGUCUACCUGAAGAAGCGCCGGCGGCACUGAUUGCCGACUGGGACCAGUUACAGCCUUGGCCCGAGGUGAAGGCUGUUCUCAGCGAGCUCAGAGACAAGGGCUAUAAGCUUGGAGUAGUUUCCAACUGCUCGAUCGGACUUGGACGUCGGGCUCUUGCUCGAUGCGAAACGGAUUUUGAUGCUUUUGUUACUGCCGAAGAAGUCGGGUUCUAUAAACCACACCCGAAUACCUACGGAGCUAUCUUGGCUGCUCUGGGGGUGAGCGCUGAGGAAGCAUUGUUUGUGGCUGGAAGUAAUGGCGAUGUGGUGGGAGCUGCAAAAUCUGGGAUGCAGGUUGUUUGGCACAAUCGAAUCGGGUUGCGCGCCUUACCAGGUUCUUCACCAUUGGUUGAAGCCAAGUCCUUGGAUCGUGCCUUAAGCCAUUUUUUAUAA